AUGCUGCGUCGGCGGAUCAAGUCUACACAUGUAUCUACAAAGGAUUCCGCAUCCGGGCGAUCCACCGUCCUCCCAUCUCGCGUCCCGCCGGGGCACGGUCCCGGGCAGCUGGCCUUCCUCGCCCUGCUCGCGGCCCGGCUGGCCAGCGCCUGCCUGAACCUCAUACACGACUGCGAUGAGGUGUACAACUACUGGGAACCCCUGCACCAUCUCCUGUACGCCAAGGGCUUGCAGACCUGGGAGUACAGCGCCGAGUUCGCCCUCCGCUCUUACUGGUACCUGGACCUGCAUGCCGCAGUGGUGCUACCCCUGCUCAACUGGGCAGGCACAGAGAAGGGGAAGUUGGUCGUUUUCUUCUGGCUAAGGAUCGUCUUUGCCCUGGCCUCCUUUGCCAGUGAAGCAUACCUAAUCAGAUCCAUUGAGCGGAGGGUCUCGCCGGCCCUGGCGCGCAUCAGCCUCUCCCUCCUCACCGCCAGCAGUGCAUGCUUCAUUGCGUCCACCGCGUUCCUGCCUUCCACCUUCACCGGCCUGGCACUGACCAUUGCCGUGGCCGCCGCACUGGAGCGGCGGGUCAGUCUGACCGUCGCAGUCUCUGUGGCAGGAGUCGUCUGGGGCUGGUGUGUGGCCGGCAUCGCCUUCCUCCCCCUGGCCCUGCUGGUGCUGCUUUCUUGCCCGCUGGCGCGAUCCCUGCCCGCCCUGGCCCUGGCGCUGCUGGCGACCCUGGCCCCGCUGGCGCUGGCCGACCGCGCGGCCUACGGCCGCUGGACGGUGUCCCUGCUCAACUUCGUGCGGUACAACGUUGUGGGCGGCGGCGACAGCGCGCUCUACGGCAUUGAGGGCCCCGCAUUCUACCUGCGCAACGCGGCCGUCAACUUCCAGGCGGGGCUGGCGCUGGUGAUGGCCGCGCCGCUGGCGCUCCCGCUGGCAGGCUUGCCAAAAAAGGCCCGGGUUAGCCUAGGGGCCCUCGUCCUCGGCCCCGCCUUCCUCUGGCUGGCGGCCAUCUCAGCGCUUCCGCACAAAGAGGAGCGCUUCCUGUUUGUUGUGUAUCCCCUGAUGUGUGUGGCGGCCGGCACCACGGUACUUGCCCUUGGGAGAGGUAGUCGGGCCGCGCUCCGCAUGCUGGGCUGGGAAGCGCACUCGGCGCGCAGGGGUUCGCGCGCACUGACACUUGGCGUGCUGGCACUCUUCGCCCUCGGCUCGAUCUCCCGCCUGGCGGCGCUAUACACCGGGUACCGCGCCCCGCCGCUCGUGUUUGCGGCGCUACCCUCCUUGCAGGGCUCGGGCCACGAGGUGCCGGUCUGCCUCGGCGCGGAGUGGUACCGCUUCCCCAGCUCCUUCUGGCUGCCUGGACCGAGGUACAGGCUCCAGUUCGUCAAGUCUGGCUUCACCGGGCUCCUGCCCCGGCCCUUUAGCGCCGAGGAGCUCAACAAUCUGAACCGGGAGGAGCCGGAGAACGCGUGGGCCACGUCUGACGGCUGCGCAUACCUGGUGACGCAGCGCUGGCAGGACCCUGGUGCGGAGCAAGGCUGGGCGUACCUAGACAAACCAGAGCGGUACGAGGAGCGAUGCACCUUCACCAGCUUUGGGAACUGGCUGAUCCCUGGGCGCCUGAUGCUGGGGCGGUACCCCUUCAUCGAGCCCAGUCGCUGCAGGUCCAGGGAAAUGGGCGAGGCGCAGCUUAAACAACUCCUGGAAGCCGGAAUCACAACAUUCAUCUGUCUCCAGGAAGAGCUUCCGCCCCAGGCUGAGCUGACCGUGGGUGGGCACAACGGCUUCCAGGCAUACAAACCUAUUGCCGGUCUGCUUGCUGCAUCCCUGGCACCCCCUCCCAGCCAGGAGCAGUUCAACGGGCUCAGGACCCCCGACCUGGACAAGUUCCUGCCACCGCGCCGCAAGGCGGUGGCAGACCCAGAGGCAGCUGCGGCAAGGAUCUCCAGAGACCUCACCUUCCUGCACCACCCCAUUGUGGACCUGGGUCUGCCUGAGCCAGACAUACUGGAGGGCGUGCUCUCCGAUCUCCGCGCCCAGCUGGAGGAGGGCCGGGGCGUGUACCUGCACUGCUGGGGCGGCCGCGGCCGGGCCGGCACCGUGGGCGCCGCUUUCCUGCGUCGCGCCUACGGGCUGGGCGCCGAUGAGGCCCUGGACCGCGUCCAGCGCGCCUUCUCGACACGCCGCGACAACAUCGCGCGCUCGCCCGAGACGGACGAGCAGCAGGCCUUCAUCCGCGCCUUGGCGGCGUGCCAGGGGUCAUGA